CCCGCCCUCCUCUGCCUGGCGCCGGGAGGCUGUUUUUCCAUUCGCUGGCGAGAAAGUUCCACGCCACUGUUUCUUUCUCUCUUUUUCUGGAGUUGAAUUUGUCUGCAGAUGCCUGCACUUCAUCUAUAGACGCCUGGAGUUAAGUUUGUUUGUAACCGGGCCCAAAGCCCUGUUCCUUUCAAACGCAGAAGCGGAGCCGCCAGUGACCCCCCGCUGCGAGGCCACUUUGCCUUGCAGCCCUGAGUCUGUCCAGGGUCUGCGGUGCCCACGCUGCUGUUACUCUGAGAGGCCAGCCCAGGAAGCCAAGGCUACGGGUGCCUGCAGGCAGCCCCAGGAAGCACCAGUUCAGCCACUGUAGGCGAUAAAAUGGCAUAGCCUUGCUCUGCUGUCCGAAGUCCUCCUGAUUGAGCUCCUUCUUAGUCUCACCAGAAGCCACCCAUUCCAUCGUCCUCUUCUGCCUCCUCACCAUGGCGGCCUUGAUCGCGGAGAACUUCCGCUUCCUGUCUCUCUUCUUCAAGAGCAAGGAUGUGAUGAUUUUCAAUGGCUUGGUGGCCCUGGGCACGGUGGGCAGUCAGGAGCUGUUCUCUGUGGUGGCCUUCCACUGUCCCUGCUCACCUGCCCGGAACUACCUGUACGGGCUGACAGCCAUCGGCGUGCCUGCGCUGGCGCUCUUCCUUAUUGGAGUCAUCCUCAACAACCACACUUGGAACCUAGUUGCCGAGUGCCAGUAUCGGAGGGCCAAGAACUGCUCGGCGGCCCCCAACUUCCUCCUCCUGAGCUCCAUCCUGGGCCGCGCAGCUGUGGCUCCCGUCACCUGGUCUGUCAUCUCCCUGCUCCGAGGGGAGGCCUACGUCUGUGCUCUCAGUGAGUUUGUGGACCCGUCCUCGCUCACGGCUGGGGAUGAAGGCUUCCCCUCAGCUCAUGCUACGGAGAUCCUAGCCAGGUUCCCUUGUGGAGAGGGCCCUGCCAACCUGUCAGGCUUCCGGGAAGAGGUCAGCCGUAGGCUCAAGUAUGAGUCCCAGCUCUUUGGAUGGCUCCUCAUCGGCGUGGUGGCCAUCCUGGUGUUCCUGACCAAAUGCCUCAAGCACUACUGCUCGCCGCUCAGCUACCGCCAGGAGGCCUACUGGGCACAGUACCGCACCAACGAGGACCAGCUGUUCCAGCGCACAGUGGAGGUACACUCAAGGGUGCUGGCCGCCAACAACGUGCGCCGUUUCUUUGGCUUUGUGGCCCUCAACAAGGAUGAUGAAGAGCUGGUUGCCAAGUUCCCAGUGGAAGGCACACAGCCACGACCACAGUGGAAUGCCAUCACUGGGGUCUAUUUGUACCGUGAGAACCAGGGCCUCCCACUCUAUAGUCGCUUACACAAGUGGGCCCAGGGCCUGACAGGUAAUGGCACAGCUCCUGACAACGUGGAGAUGGCCCUGCUCACCGCCUAGGGCCUGCUGCUUUGCUCUUCGGCACUACUUAAGUCUCAACCAAACCCGCAUGGCAUGCUCACCUCAGCAUCAGAUUUUCCUGUUAACUAGUGUCUUGGGCAUAGACCAAGGGGACAUAAAACAACUAGUAGUUUGCAAGGAUCUUGUGGACCACAUGGUCCAGAGACUGGGGGUGAGGGUUUGACUUCUCAGACCUGCUGAAAUCAUCUCCCAUGGCCACCAAGGCACAAGUCACAGCUAUAGACUUUCCCAGAGCUGGUCCGUAACUAUGACGUGGGCGAUCUUUGGUGGGCCUGGUGCCAGUACAGCCCACUGGGGGACUCGCUGUUGUAUAGUCCACUUUGUGCAGUUAACUUGUGUCUAAUUGCAUAGGGAUGCCCAGCUCCUCGGCGUACAGCUGGGAAGCUGCCUCCACUGUAUACCUCUGGCCUAAUUUUAUAUAUUUAAACUUUUUGAUAAAGCUUUUCUUACUCUAAAAGGCUAACUGGUAUCUGUGCACUUGACAAGGGCAUACAGCCCAUUGUGGGAGGCGAUGGGACAGGACUACAGUGGACCACAAAAGUGGCAGCUGUCUAAGGCGAGUCAAACGUCCACCGCAGGGCUGAGUCUCCUGACCAUCUGAUCCAGUUACCUGACUUAAUCCAGUCAGAGGCAGCCUGGCCUUUUGCAGGGGCAGGUAAGUUGAAAAGAUCACACCAGAAGCUCCUACCAUGGGCAGGACUUGUACUAAAUAAACUCCAAGAACCGUGGGCUCCAGCAAUUCCUCCCUCUCAGCCCUCCAUCGACUAGCUCCACACUCAAAACCUCCUGCUCUGCCUUGUCCCUGUCCUGCUUCCUGGCAUACGACCCAUUUCCCACAGAAAACUCAGAGAACAAUUUAGGCUGUCAGCGAAAGCUUUUCAUUCCCUUAGGCUGAAGGAAAAAAAAGAUGCCAACAACUAGUAGUAGGGUCUGUGCCAGCACCGACUGCUGGGCUGUGGCAGACCUGAGGGGUCACCGGGCCUUGGGAGAGGGCGGAGACCAGGCAGUUUAAUCAAUACUUUCAGCUUUCCUUAGCAGCUUCAGGUUCCCAUGUUUCUGGAUUCUUCCUCUGCCCUCCUGUUAGUCUCCCAGCCUCCACAACAGGGCAGAUGGCACGGGCUGACCCGAGACAAUGUCUUCCCCGACCCUGUGGGUAUGGACUGAGAGCUUGCCAAGGGACAAAGUGGGACCCUGACCAUGAACACUGGCUUUGCCUUUCUGUUCUUAGACGGCAGCAAACUCUCCUGAAAGGAAUGUUUGUUUUUUCCUGGAAGCCCAAGAGAUUGCUGCCUGAAACCGGAGCCACCUCAGGAAAGGAGAAGGACACGUAAUGUGUUACAUAAACAAAGCAUUAAACCUCAAGGGCUGGGGGUUAGUGGAAGAACACUUGCUCAGCAAGUGUAAGGCCUCAGCUCAAUCGGUGGCACCCUAAAUUUUAAAAAUAUAGAUAUACAUAUUUUUUUAAAGCAAGAAGUGAUAGUACACGCCUUUAAUCCCAGCACUUGGGAGGCAGAGGCAG